AUGGCACCCCCAGCAGUAGAAUCUACAAUCAAUUUCGAAGGCCACCCUUCGAUCAAAACCACCGUUGAUCCAUUGGUCAAGAAACUCAACUUGAAAGGUGACACUGUUAUUAGACACAAUGCUCCACCACCAACUUUGUACGAAGAUGGUUUGUUGGAAAAAGGCACCACCAUUUCAUCCACUGGUGCUUUGAUGGCUUACUCUGGUGAAAAGACUGGUAGAUCACCAAAGGAUAAAAGAAUUGUUGACGAAGAAACUUCAUCGCAACACAUUUGGUGGGGACCUGUCAAUAAACAAGUUGACGAGUUAACAUGGAAGAUUUCUAGAUCAAGAGCUUUGGACUACUUGCGUACGAGAGAAAAGCUUUUUGUUGUUGACGCUUUUGCCGGUUGGGACCCAAAAUACAGAAUCAAGGUUAGAAUUAUCUGUGCUAGAGCUUACCAUGCUUUGUUUAUGACAAAUAUGUUGAUUAGACCAACAAAGGAAGAGUUGGAAAACUUUGGUGAACCAGACUUUACCAUCUACAAUGCAGGUCAAUUCCCAGCCAAUGUGCACACAAAAGGUAUGACCUCAUCCACAUCUGUUGAGAUUAACUUUAAAGAUAUGGAGAUGGUUAUCCUUGGUACAGAGUAUGCUGGUGAGAUGAAGAAGGGUAUUUUCACUGUUAUGUUUUACCUUAUGCCAAUCAAGAAUAAGGUUUUGACCUUGCACUCUUCUGCAAACGAAGGUGAAUCAGGAGACGUUACAUUAUUCUUUGGUUUGAGUGGUACUGGUAAGACUACAUUGUCUGCUGACCCAAACAGAAAGCUUAUUGGUGAUGACGAGCACUGUUGGUCAGACCACGGUGUCUUUAACAUUGAAGGUGGUUGUUACGCCAAAUGUUUGGACCUUUCAGCUGAAAAAGAGCCAGAAAUUUUCAACUCGAUCAGAUUUGGAUCUGUUUUGGAGAAUGUUGUUUAUGACCCAGCAACCAAGGUUGUUGACUACGAAGAUUCAUCAAUUACCGAAAAUACCAGAUGUUCAUACCCAAUUGAGUACAUUCCAUCGCUGAAAAUUCCAUGUGUCGGUGGCCACCCAAAGAAUAUUGUGUUGCUUACAUGUGAUGCUUCAGGUGUCUUGCCUCCAGUCUCAAAAUUGACCCCAGCUCAAGUGAUGUACCACUUUAUCAGUGGUUACACUUCAAAGAUGGCUGGUACCGAAAUGGGUAUCACUGAGCCAACACCAGCUUUCUCUGCUUGUUUUGGUCAACCAUUCUUGGUGUUGCACCCAAUGAAGUAUGCACAACAAUUGGCUGAAAAGAUUGAGCAACACAAGGCCAAUGCUUACUUGUUGAACACUGGUUGGUCUGGUGUAGGUGCAGCUAAGGGUGGUAAGAGAUGUCCACUUAAGUACACUCGUGCUAUUUUGGAUGCUAUCCACAGCGGAGAAUUGGACAGCGCUGACACACAAGUAUUUUCAACAUUCAACUUGCACGUGCCAAAAGAGAUUAAAGGUGUUCCUCUGGAAGUUCUUCACCCAGAAGUUGACAAGAAGGAAGUUGCUGCUCUUGCCGCCAAGUUUGCUGAGAACUUUGUUAAGUAUGCUGACCAGGCUACUGCUGAAGUUAAAGCUGCUGGACCCGAUGUUUAA